AUGGACGGCGCCCGCUGUGUGUCUGCCGUCUCCCUGCUGCUGCUGCUGGUGGUUGUCGUCACUGCCACUGCCGGUGAGUACUGUGUCAUGUUUGACGAGAUUGUUGUAUACCAAGACAAAAAUAGUCAGGGAGAAGCUGCUUUCAGAUGCCCCCUUACUGACUGUGUGGUAUACGCCGUUCCUCGAGAUCAAGAGGAUAUCUGUUACGUCACAGACGCUCUGGAUGCGUGUUGCCCCACUGGAGUGCGCUGUGUAAACGAUGUCGAGAAUCCCCGGGAUUUGGCCGAGUGUCCAUAUAAAGAGAAGACAUACCGCGAAGACCAACGUAUAGAUGGAACUUAUUUUGAGUGCAAGAAAUGCGUCUGCAAAGAAGGAUUUGACGGAACCUUGGAUGGACCAUGGUGCAAGAGACAGACGUGUGAGUACUCCCUGGCUCACACAGCUUCUGAACUAAGGGGAUGUGCGCCGGUAUUCCGUGAGGGCGAUAACUGUUGUGCUUUCAGAUUUCACUGUCCUUCAGCCGAUGACAGCGUGGUGAGACAUUCGGAGACUACAACAGAGGAUGAAGGUGGCCAGUGCUCUUUCGGAGACCACAGACUGAACACUUGCGAUGAGCUUCUGGUCGGCACCAACGGCUGCGUCAAAUGCAGAUGCGACGUUCCUCCAUUCAUAACUUGCACCCACAGAGCAGAUCCCGCAUGCGAGUGAUGUAAAUGAGAUCAUGCAUUACAAACACAUUUCAGAGGGAAAAACGAUAGAAAGACAUGUAAUUAUCUAUGUCAAGAAAACUAAGCAUCUAAUAAAUAACAAACAAACAACUGCA